UUGUCGAGUUACCGGCAUUUCAGUGUCGUCCGGUGAAGAAGAGACACAUUCACACUGUUGUGUGCGCGCGCUAUUUAUUUAUCGUACUUUAAUUUUUAACAUUAAAAGUGUCCGCCAUGCUCGGUCUGUGCCUUUACGUGCCCGUGUCUAACUCGGACCAGGUGGAGGUGGAAUGUUUCGAGUCCAAAGUGCUCCCGUCCGAGCUCCGGUCCGUGUUCGACAAGCUGAGCGUGUUCCUGCCGUCCGAAGAGUUCUCGACCUACCAGCGGUGGCGUGAGAAAACCUCUGAGUUGCAGCACAGCGGUGUUGAUGGACAGCUGGACUUUGAAGAGUUUGUUCAUUAUCUGCAAGAUCACGAGAAAGACCUGAAGCUGGUGGUGAAUAAUGUCGACGCGAAGAAUGCAGGUAACAUUGAUCCCAAAGAGUUCAUGCAGUCGCUGCACGACCUCGGCGUGCUCGUUUCCCAGCAGCAGGCGGAGAAAGCCCUCGAAAGCAUGGAUAAAAACGGGACGAUCACAAUCGACAGUGAAGACUGGUGCAACUACGCCAUGGUGGAGAAGACGGACAACAUUCCUGAGAUCAUCCUCUACUGGAAACACUCGACGAUAUUCGACGUGGGCGACGACCUGUUGGUGCCCGACGACUUCACCGUCGAGGAGAAACAAACCGGAAUGUGGUGGAGGCACCUGGUGGCAGGGGGCGGAGCCGGGGCGGUUUCCCGGACGUGCACCGCCCCUCUGGACCGACUCAAAGUCAUGAUGCAGGUUUAUGGAUCCAGAAGCAACAACAUUUACAUCAUGAGCGGCCUGGCACAGAUGGUCAAAGAGGGCGGGGCCAGAUCCCUGUGGAGAGGAAACGGCAUAAAUGUCAUCAAAAUCGCCCCCGAGUCUGCGCUCAAGUUCAUGGCGUACGAGCAGAUUAAAAAUCUCAUCGGGAGCGAGACACAAACUCUGAGCAUCCUGGAGCGAUUCGCCGCAGGUUCUAUGGCCGGCGUGAUCGCACAGAGCACCAUCUACCCGAUGGAGGUGUUGAAAACUCGUCUGGCUCUGAGGAAAAGCGGCCAGUACACGGGAAUCUCUGACUGUGCCAAGCAGAUCGUCAGGAGAGAAGGACUGAGAGCGUUCUACAAAGGCUACGUCCCAAACAUGCUCGGCAUCAUCCCAUACGCCGGCAUCGACCUCGCCGUGUACGAGACGCUGAAGAACAGAUACCUGGAGCAGUACGCAGCCAACAGUGCUGACCCCGGGAUCUUUGUCCUCCUCGCCUGUGGCACCGUGUCCAGCACCUGUGGUCAGCUCGCCAGUUACCCGCUGGCUCUGGUCCGAACACGCAUGCAAGCUCAAGCAUCGUCUGAGAGAAAACAGCCGGUAACCAUGACCGGUCUCUUCAGGCAGAUCUUAGAGACUGAGGGACCCAAGGGUCUCUACAGAGGCCUCGCCCCCAACUUCCUGAAGGUGGUCCCCGCCGUCAGCAUCAGCUACGUCGUCUACGAGAACAUAAAGAAGCAGCUGGGAGUGACAUCGCUCUGAGAGCUCACUGGGCCUCCCAGCAUGUGGCGGUCGCUCGUGAGCCCGCGGCACCUCGUACGACAGAAUCCCAGGACCGGUUCUGGUUCCUGUGAGGGUUCGUGGAGUCGUCGUCUCAUUCUGUGAAUGUCGGCGAGUUAACGACAGGAACAAUAUGGACAGUGAUGUUUGGGGGUGAUGGAGGAUUUGGACUCUGUGAGCUCAGGUUGUCCCGACCACAACUGCUGCUAUUUCUGUUUAAGAGACUUUGAAUCUGGGACCAAAACCAGCGUCAGGCAUUAAUAAUAAACUGAAGUGGUUUUUAUUCUUCAGCGCCUGUUUUGAAGAGAUGAUUGUGUCACUGAGAGAGGAAUUAUCUUUGCACAUGUGAGUCUGACCUCUCUCCACCUGUGUGAAUGGAUCCAUCGUCAGGAUUUGUCUUGAGUAUUUAUUUCCACGCCGUCCCCGUAUUUAUUUUUUAUGAUGUAGAAAGGUGGAUUAUUUUUUGUUUCCUGUCUGAAGAGCCAAACGUGCGACUGUUAAAAAAUGUCAAAUGAAUGUUUUCAUGUCGGGGAAAUGGUCACCAGACGACGGCCUUAUGAUCACAUGACCUUCACUACACAUGAACGAGGUCGCGCGUGUCGUCGGUGUUAAAAAUGAAGGGGUUUGGCGUCUGUACUCGAGUCACUUGUGGCUGCUGCUGACAAGUUCACAUUAAUAGAAUCUGUUAAUGUUGGUUAGUUUUAUUAUGCCCUUUAAGAAAAGGUAUAAAUGUCUUAAUGUUCACCUCAGGUUUCAGGGAAAGUCGUUUUAUUUAGUUCACCGCGAUGUUUUUGUUUGACAUCAUUUAUACUCAGAAAAAACAAGGGCUUAAAAAAAAGAACAGCAACAUAUAAAAAGCACUUUAAUCUGAAACGGCCUCAGAAUGUGACGUCAAUCCAAGUCUGUUCCUGUGUUUUUAAGAGUUUUAAUGGACCGUUUUCAUGCAAAUAAAUGCAGUUUCUUGUUCAAA